UCCCGCCGCAGGAGGCGGAGGCGAACCGGUACCACCAGGGCAAGAUGGCGGCGGCGACCGCUGAGGUGGCGGCGCGGCGCAUGCAGCAGCAGGAGCAGGAGCUGCGCUGGCUGACGGCGGAGGUUGGCCGGCUGAGGGAGCAGAAGGCGGCGUGCUGCCCCGGGACCUGCAGCCCCGAGCUGCAGCGUCUGAGGGCCGAGAAUGAGAAGCUGCAAUACCGCCUCCUGCACCUCCGCCGCAGUCUGGCGGCCGAACUGGGCAGGGCGGGCCCCGCGGCAGCCGAACCCCCAGCGUCCGGCGGCGGAGAGAAAGUCUCCAGUGCAAGUCCAGCUGUUGCAGUGAAUCCAAAUAAAGAGGAAAAGAAAAAAGAAAAUGAACCUGGGAACCAACACCGGAACAAUCUCCAGUCUGAGCCAAGCUUCAUUAAAGACAGACUGAAGCUUUAUGAAGCACUGAAAAAAGAGCACGAUGCUUUGCUAGCUUACAGAGCAGCCAAUGAGAGCAAACCAAUCAAGAUUACUCUGACAGAUGGGAAGAUGGCUGAAGGGGAAUCUUGGAAAACCACACCAUAUCAGUUAGCUGUGGGAAUUAGUCAAGUGUUGGCUUCAAAUGCAGUCAUAGCCAAAGUGAAUGGUGAAUUGUGGGACCUGGACCGUCCACUGGAGGGAGAUUGCUCUCUGGAACUGCUCAUGUUUGAUAAUGAAGAAGCAAAAGCUGUUUAUUGGCAUUCAAGUGCUCAUAUUCUUGGAGAGGCCAUGGAAGAUUAUUUUGGGGGCUGCUUAUGCUAUGGACCACCGAUUGAGAAUGGAUUUUAUUAUGACAUGUACCUUGAAGACAGAGGUGUAUCUAGUACUGAAUUCCCACUACUAGAAAACCACUGUAAAAACAUCAUAAAAGAGAAGCAGGCUUUUGAAAGACUGGAAGUCAGAAAGGAGAUCCUGUUGGAUAUGUUUAAGUAUAACAAGUUUAAGUGUCGCAUCCUUAAUGAGAAGGUGAACACGCCAACUACCACAAUAUACAGGUGUGGUCCACUGAUUGAUCUCUGCAGGGGUCCACAUGUGAGACACACUGGAAAAAUUAAGGCUAUUAAAAUAUUUAAGAAUUCCUCUACGUAUUGGGAAGGAAAAUCUGACAUGGAAACUCUCCAAAGAAUAUAUGGAAUAUCAUUUCCUGAUAACAAAAUGAUGAAGGAAUGGGAAAAAUUCCAGGAAGAAGCUAGAAAUCGGGACCAUAGGAAAAUUGGAAAGGAGCAAGAGCUCUUCUUCUUUCAUGAUCUGAGUCCUGGAAGCUGCUUUUUCCUCCCCAGAGGUGCCUUUAUUUAUAACACACUUGUGGAUUUCAUAAGGGAGGAAUACCGUAGGCGGGAUUUUACUGAAGUUGUAUCUCCAAACGUCUUCAACAGUAAGCUCUGGGAAGCUUCAGGCCACUGGCAGCACUACAGUGAAAAUAUGUUCUCUUUUGAGGUUGAGAAGGAAAUUUUUGCUCUUAAACCAAUGAAUUGUCCAGGACACUGCUUGAUGUUUGCCCAUCGUCCACGAUCCUGGAGGGAAAUGCCUCUUAGACUUGCAGAUUUUGGAGUUCUUCACAGAAACGAACUCUCUGGGACUUUAAGUGGUUUGACGCGUGUAAGGCGUUUCCAACAAGAUGAUGCUCACAUCUUUUGCACAAUAGAACAGAUUGAAGAAGAAAUUAAGGGCUGUCUUGAUUUCUUGAAGUCAGUGUAUGCUGUCUUUGGUUUUACCUUUCAACUAAACCUUUCUACAAGACCAGAAAACUAUCUAGGAGAGUUAGAAAUCUGGGAUCAUGCAGAAAAGCAACUUCAAAACAGUUUGAAUAACUUUGGAGAACAAUGGAAUUUGAAUCCAGGAGAUGGAGCAUUUUAUGGUCCUAAGAUUGAUAUUAAGAUCAAAGAUGCCAUUGGCAGGUACCAUCAGUGUGCUACUAUCCAACUUGACUUCCAACUUCCCAUUCGAUUUAAUCUUACUUACGUUGGUAAGGAUGGUGAUGAUAAGAAAAGGCCAGUGAUUAUUCACAGAGCUAUUCUGGGAUCAGUGGAGAGAAUGAUAGCUAUUCUAGCAGAGAAUUAUGGAGGAAAAUGGCCAUUCUGGCUGUCUCCACGGCAGGUCAUGGUUGUGCCUGUGGGACCUACUUCUGAAGAAUAUGGCCAACAGGUUUGCAAUGAAUUUUUUGAAGCAGGAUUUAUGUCAGAUGUGGAUCUAGAUCAAAGUUGCACAUUAAACAAGAAAAUUAGGAAUGCACAGCUGGCCCAGUACAACUUUAUAUUGGUGGUUGGAGAGAAGGAGAAAGCAAGUCAUGCUGUCAAUGUGCGGACAAGAGACAACAAAGUUCAUGGAGAGAUUUCAGUAUCUUCUGCCAUUGAAAAACUCAAGAAAUUUAAGACCUCACACACUUCAAAUGCAGAAGAAUUGUUUUGAUGAAGUCAAAGUUUUUACUGUCAAGUAAAUAUUACCUGCCCAUGUGAAACAGUGUCUUUCCUGCUGUGGAGCAGUAAUGCUCAUCUGGGAAAAUUUUCAGAUACCCAUACACAGAAUAAGCAAAUGCAGCAAUGUUGGUGCUCCAGGAAUAGCACCAGAGGACAGAUGCAAUUGUCACCUCCUUUGACAUUUCCAUGGGAUUCCACUUUUUUGCAAGUGGCAGUGCACUUAUUAAAAAAGAUCCACACCUCUGUUAAAAUAUGUUUGGUUUACUGUGGGAAUAAAUUAAUAAUUGGGGUUGCACAAAGUCAAGGAAAAGGAGUAUCAGCAACUGCUGAGCUGCCUCCAUCAUGGAGCAGUGGUUUAACUGGUAUGAGCUGGAGUCCAGAGCUUGGCAGUUGGUAAGUGCAUCAGGCAUGUUCUGGUUUAGUUUUUUCUAGGUUAUCUUUUUGGGGGGUGUGGAGAGUUGGGAGGGGGGAGGAUAGCUUGAUUCUUCUUUCAUUUAUUUUCACAGGCUACAAAUAUAUUGGUAUCUGUGUUGAUAGUCUCAGUGAAACCAAGACUGAAUUGGUGUGAUAACUGGGUGCUGUAAAGGUGAUUGUCAAGAAUGAAGUUGAAUUACCCUA